GCUUCAGAGGAGGUGUGAGUGAGCGUUCGCUCGUCGGAUAUUCUCGUGUCUAGAACACUUGAUACCUGCUUCUAAACUCUAAGGAAGUAAAUCGAUCGCAAUGUGUUGUCAUCUUGUACAAAUUGAAGCGGCAUCUUCACAUUAUGCGAUGUCGGUGCCAUAACAAUGCACAGAUAAAAAACAACACCAGUGAACACAUCACUUCGAAUGUACCGGCAAACUUUUAGCAUGAAAUCACCGAAAUCUGCUACAAAUACUGAAGAUCAAAUAUAUCCAAUGUCGCCCGAAGAGUAUGACUUGGAAAGCGGAGUGUACUCGCGAGACAGCUCAGCCAGAAGGGAUAAUGUCGGCAUUGUCGGUAAUAUUGCAGUUACCGUCGAAGAAAUUCAACUGCUCAUGCAGACCCCAGCAAGUGGUGCAGUGUCUUACAUACAAAAAAACUUUGGAUCCCCCGAAAACUUGUGUCGAAAAUUAGGGUCUCAUCCUUCAAAGGGUCUACCGGACGAGGACAGCGACUACGUACAGCGUAAAAAACGUUUUGGCGAGAACUUCGUUCCGACAAAGAAACCACCGUCUUUCCUUAGACUUGUGUUGCGAGCAUCAAACGACACAACCCUCAUCAUCCUACUUGUGGCCGCCAUCUUCAGUCUGGGCCUAUCCUUCUAUCAUGACCCUAAUCCAGAUGGUGAAGAUCAUUCAUCAGCAUGGAUCGAAGGCGCCGCCAUCUUGGCGUCUGUGCUGGUGGUAGUAAUAGUGACUGCCUUCAAUGACUGGAGCAAAGAGCGCCAGUUCAGAGGCCUGUCAGAGGCAGUCUCGGGUGCCAAAGAGGCCUCUGUGAUCAGAGGAGGCCAGGACAUGCGUAUCUCUGCCACCGAGCUGCUCGUCGGCGAUCUCUACAAGAUUCAGUACGGCGACCAGCUUGCGGCGGACGGAGUCUUGCUGCAGGGCUCGGACGUCAAGAUGGACGAAUCGUCGCUGACUGGCGAGCCUGACCUCGUCGACAAGACGGUCCAUGAAGACAUCUUGCUCUUCUCUGGCACGAACGUGAUGGAGGGGCGCGGAUUGAUGGUGGUGACCGCGGUGGGUACGCACUCCCGGACGGGAGUCAUCAUGUCGCUGCUUGACUCCUCCGGUUCCUCAGAGGGCGGUGGCCACACCAAGUCUGUUCUGCAGAAGAAGCUCAGCAAACUCGCCUUGCAGAUCGGCAAAGCUGGGUCGGUGAUUGCGGCGUUGACGGUAUUUGUCAUGGUGCUGCGUUUCAGCAUCCAACAUUACGUCGUCGACAAAAAAACAUUCAGCGUGAACGAUCUUUUCUACUUCCUCAAGUACUUGAUUGUGGGUGUGACGGUCCUGGUAGUGGCCGUGCCUGAAGGACUGCCUCUCGCCGUCACCAUCUCGUUAGCCUUCUCAGUCAAGCGCAUGCUGAAGGACAAGAAUUUAGUGCGGCACUUGGACGCAUGCGAGACGAUGGGCAACGCCACGACCAUCUGCUCCGACAAGACCGGCACUCUUACGACCAACAGAAUGACGGCUGUUCAAGCUUACGUCGAGGACACCUUCUACCAAUCCCCUCCUGCACCGAACUCCGUGACGCCAUCUGUGAGCCGCCUGCUGGCAGAAGCCAUCAGCGUCAACAGCAACUACUCCUCCUGCAUCGUCCCUUCUGAGCGGCCCGGCGAGCUCCCGAAGCAGAUCGGGAACAAAACAGAGUGUGGCUUAUUGGGCCUAGUUGGGAAUAUGGGUCUAUCUUAUGAAACGAUCAGGGCCCAUUAUCCCGAGAAAAAUUUCGUCAAAGUCUUCACCUUCAACUCCGCUCGCAAGAGCAUGUCCACUGUGGUGCCGUUGGAGGGAGAUGUCUACAGGGUCUUCACAAAGGGCGCUUCAGAAGUCAUCAAUUCCAAGUGCACGCACCGCAUCAGCAUGGAGGGCCGUCGGGUGCCGCACGAGCACCGAGACCAAGUGCAGCUUGAGACGGACGUCAUCUCCAAGAUGGCGGCCGAGGGGCUCAGGACCAUCGGCAUAGCCUACAGGGACAUCCAUUGCAGCAACAAGCUCGUCGCCAACCUCACGCACCUGUCUCUGGAGGAGGAAAGGAGAGCUUCUUACACGAGUGGCGGUAGCACUCCGGAUUCUGCCAAGUCGUCGGCUUCGACUUUGUCGCUCGGGGCGUCGCUGAGUGACAUGAACGACCCAGACGCAAUUAGUCAGCGCAAGCUGAGUGUGGGGAGCAGCACGAGUAAUGCAGCCUCUCUACAAAGACAGCAAAUUAAUUCCAGCGAAUCCAGUGACGUAGAUCUCGAUGACGAAAAUCAAGUCGUGUCUGGACUAACGCUUCUCGCUAUCGUGGGGGUGGAAGACCCCGUGAGGCCGGAGGUUCCAGCAGCUAUCGCACAGUGUCGGUCUGCUGGCAUCACGGUCCGGAUGGUGACCGGAGACAACCUGGCCACGGCAAAGGCCAUCGCCACAAAAUGUGGCAUCUUAGAGCCGGGCCAGAAUGAACUAAUGCUCGAUUCUGAACAAUUCAACCGCAUGAUUCGCGACAAGGAAGGCACUGUGCAGCAAGACCUCAUGGAGGAAGUAUGGCCGAGGCUGCGGGUGCUGGCCAGGUCAUCGCCCCAGGAUAAGCACACGCUCGUCAAGGGUAUCAUCAACUCACCCAGGGGCUCUGAAGUUGUGGCCGUCACAGGCGACGGGACAAACGAUGGUCCGGCUCUCAAACUUGCUGACGUUGGCUUCGCCAUGGUCAGAUUCCGCAUCAUUUUUACGGACGUCGCUAAAGAAGCUUGCGACAUCGUGCUUACUGAUGACAAUUUUACGUCGAUCGUGAAGGCAGUGAUGUGGGGUCGUAACGUGUACGACUCGAUAGCCAAGUUCUUGCAGUUCCAGCUGACUGUGAACAUCGUUGCUGUUGUGGUGGCCUUCGUCAGCGUUUGCGUCAUCAGUGACUCGCCUCUGAAGGCAGUGCAGAUGCUGUGGGUGAAUUUAAUCAUGGACACAAUGGCUUCGCUGGCCCUGGCAACGGAGCCGCCGACAGAGGAGCUGCUAAAGAGAGAGCCCUACGGAAGGAAGAAGCCAUUGCUCUCCCCCAUCAUGAUCCGCAACAUGGUGGGACAGGCCAUCUACAUGGUGACCGUCAUAUUCGUUCUGCUCUUCAAAGGUCACGUGAUUCUUAACAUCGACUCUGGACUUGACAACGGCAUCAACUCGCCCCCGAGUCAACACUUUACUGUCAUAUUCAACUCGUUCGUCAUAAUGACUCUUUUCAACGAAAUAAACUCAAGGAAGGUCCAUGGAGAACUCAACGUAUUUGUGGGAAUCUUCAGAAACAUUUACUUCUACGUUAUUUGGAUUGGGACUUUUCUGGUGCAGAUCCUCAUAGUCCAGGUUGGAGGCGACGCCUUCAGCACGGCGCCCCUGGCCAUCGAGCAAUGGGCGCUGUGCGUCGCACUGGGAGCGUUCACGCUCGUGUGGCAGUUCAUCAUCGGGGUCAUCACCAGGAUUUGCCUCAAACGUGUUUGCAUCGAAAGUGAACAUAAGUUAUUUGAGGAAGUUGAGCAUUUCAACUACGAUGAAGAGAUCCUGAAGAUAAAGCUUCAGGCUCAGCAAAAUUGGAUUAACACCAUCGCCGCAAUGCAGAAUCAGAUUAGAGUCGUCUGGGCGUUUAAGUCCCCGCGAGAAGAAGAGGCCGGCGUGAAAUAUUUCGAGCACGAAUCCUGGGCGACCCACAGCAACAAUCCUGAGCGACGGUCUACUCUGAACUUCAUGCCUUCAGUGGACGGCCCGGUUUAAGUGUCAUGAAAUGAAGCCAAGCGUUUGCUGUAGUUCUCAUAGAGCCGACUGAAUGGGUGGAGGAAUGCUUUUGGAACAGACCAAUUAGAGUGAGAAAAUUGAAGAGUGGCUUGGAUAUGGACGUUUGGAAAUUGCAAACCGGCCUGAUGCGGACGUUUGAACAUGACUGGCUGAUUUUGAUGCAGACGUUUGGAAAUGACAGACUAAAUUAGGUAUGGACGUUUGGAAAUAGCUGCCUAAUUCGGAUGGGACAUUUGGAAAUGGUAGGCUGAUUUCAUUAUAGACUUUUAGAAAUGGCAAACUUAUUUUGAUGCGAAGGCUUAGAAAUGACAGAUUGAACUGGGUGUGGAGGUUUGAAAGAAGCCGGUGGAUGGGGGUGUGGACGUUGGGAAGCCACUUUUCCUGAGUACUCUUUCGUGUGAAAACUACUCGUAGUUUCAUGGUGGACUUUUCUUCCUUAGCGGUCCACAAAGUCAAUCAGAAGCUUCACGCUGCAAAUCCCUAGCUCACGUCUUUACUCCAUCGUUAUCUACCUCUUUUCUCUCUCAAAUUCCAGUUGCUACACCUGUAAAGCUAACGGGCGAUUUUCAGAUGGCCGCUGAAUGCCCAGCGGUCGAACUUAGACAAAAAGCUCUUGGCUUCGAUCGGCUGUCUUCUAUAUUUAGUGUCAACAUGCUCAGAUCGCAAAUCACUAGCGAGACAUUUGUAUGUAUUAUCGAAUUUCUGAGCGUAAAAGUGGCCACUGGCCAGUAGUGCCACUGAAGCCGAUCCAGAAUGUUGGAGAGCUAACGGGGCUGAGGAUGACAAGUCUGUUGUCGGUAUCUCCAGUUCCUACAAUGCGCUUUGCACUGGUUGCGGUUGACAUGACUCGGAAAGUUGGCAGAUAUUAUUGCAGUAAAUUAUUAUUAAAGAAUCAGAAAGUUUCCAUAGGAUAAAUUACCAAGCUUGCGUUACUCAGGGCCACCUCUGCCAUCAUUAUUUUAUGUUUAGCGGUCAGGCAUUUCAUUCUCCACUCCCUCCUGCUGCCAUCGUUCGAAUAGAAAAUUAUAUCAGGAAAAUAGGCGUUUGUUGCAGCCCCUCAUCAAGAUUUACUUCUCCAGUUUCUUAUGUUGGCUUUAGAUUUAUAACAAAGCUAUUUUAAACGGGUUCACUGAUGAAUAUUCUAAACGCAUAACCGUUGAGCAAAAUUUACCGAUGGCCAGUCGAAGGAAUUAAUCAGGCUCGAAGGGCCAGCGCAAUCAGAUAUAUAAAUAUAGGAUGGCUAAGUUGAUGUUGAAUCGUUACUUCUAUUGUUAUAUAAAAUGAAGAUAUAUAUCAUCUAUAUAAUCACAAACUUAACUGUUAACAACCACCAACAUUAGCAAUGAAUAAUUUGUUAAGACACAGUAGACUCGGGCAAGGUUCAGACCUCAGAGUGACAAUAUCCUUCAUUGAACGCACUUGUAUUUCUGUACUCGCACAUGGUUUGGUUUAUAACAUUCAAUGACGUUAUAUGUGUUAGUGUUCACGACACAAUAUUGUGGAUGAUGAGAUUUUGGAACAAAGAUGUAGAUAUUCAGUCAUUAAAGGAACAUUUAUUUACUAAGCACAAUGAGACAGACACAUAACUAAACCAAGCAUAUGGAUGUAAUAAAUUUCCUCGAAGAACAAAGUUUCAUUCCUAAUCCGA